AUGAUCCAGCAUGGUACUAUGCCAUUCACGGUACUAUGCCAUCCGCGGUACGAUGUUUGCCCCCGCAUGAUACAGAUAUGUCCUCCCUGUAUGUCGCCCAUGCCCCCAUGCCUCCCUCCUACUAUGUGUAUAGGGCCGGGCUCUGCUGAGCUGUGGUCACGUACUCUCGUUCAUCUACUGUUUCCUUCGUUUAUCUUUUCUACCUUGCCCCUCGGGGCCCCAUUACAUUCUUUUCUACGGGUUGGGGUCGGCGGAGACGCGUAUUCUCCUCGACCUCGUUGCGCGUCCGUCGUUGGCGUCGGCGUCGCAGCCCGGCUGGGUUCUCUGUCACCUACUUCUCCUUUACUUCUCUGGUUUCAAUUCUACAUAUCUAAAUACCGUCCCCCGAAUAGCUCGCAUCGGACAGUCUUCCAGUUCCAACCCCCAAGCAUCGCUCCGGCUCCUGCACAAGUUUCUAUAUUUCUGGCAGUUUUUCUCCUUGUUCCGAAUUUUCUUUUUCUAGCUCCAAUCUCCAGUUUCCGUUCGCAGCUACUACCAAACCCAAGUCUCCCUGGCAUCGUCGCAAUCCACUGUACCUACUAG